AAGAUGCAUAGGAGAGGUAGAACAUAGAGAGAAAGAGUGAGACGGUCUUUGCAUGCGGCUCGACUACACUUCCACAGCGGAGAGAAGGAGAACACAGAAACAGAGAAAGAAGGGAUCAGGAGAGCAGCUGUGAAACGCCUCUGUCAUCUGAAACACCGUGCUGCCUUCACGGACUCAGCAAGCAGCAUCACCUCCUGCGCAUCUCCUUGGCUCCGCACCGCAGAGAACACGGUCCACAUCCAGCAAGGCCCAUAGUGAACGCCUUCCUGUGAGAUCAGGUGAUCAGGUUUGAUCCCCUCUGCUCUAGACGAUGGAGCGCUUCCUGUGUCUGCUGCUCCUCAGCUCAGCAGCUCUGAAGGAGGCUGCUGGCGGAGACGUGUGUGUGUCGGGUCACGACAGCGGGCCGGUGUUUGAAGAACAGCCUAACGGUUUAAUCUACCCCGAGGGUCUGAGUGAAGGCAAGGUGACCCUCAGCUGUCAGGCCAGAGCCAGUCCAGCUGCCUCCUACAGGUGGCUUGUGAAUGGCACAGAGGUGCCGCUGGGUUUGGACCUGCGCUACAGCCUGGUGGCGGGCAGCCUGGUGAUCAGCAGCCCGGAGACUGUGCGAGACACCGGCUCCUAUCAGUGUCUGGCCAUCAACCGCUGUGGCACCAUCAUCAGCCGCGCAGCUAACCUCAAGUUUGGCUACCUCCACGACUUCCCCCCAGACAGCAGGAGUCCUCAGACAGCAUAUGAAGGCGUAGGAACUUUCUUGGCCUGCCAGCCCCCCACACAUUACCCAGCUCUGUCAUACCGCUGGUUAAUCAACGAGUUUCCCAACUUCAUCAAGAAGGAUGACGGCCGCUGGUUUGUGUCUCAGGUGACAGGAAACCUGUACCUGGCUAAAGCAGAGCCCAAUGACACCGGGAACUACUUCUGCUUCACCACCAUCAACAUGGACAUCAGCACCAAGAGCACCUUUAGCAAGGCCAACCUGCUCACUGUGCUGCCCGACGCCACUCCCAGGAAGUCCGCUCCGAGCAUCAAAGUGCGCUUCCCUGCAGAGACGUACGCCCUGGCAGGACACAGCACCCAGCUAGAGUGCUAUGCCUAUGGAAAUCCCGUCCCUGAGCUGCGCUGGAGGAAGGUUGACGGCUUGAUGCCGUCCAAGGCAGACUCCAGUGUGGACGGCCCCACCCUCAACCUGCCAGAUCUGUCCUUCGACGAUGAGGGUGUUUACGAGUGUGAAGCCUACAACUCAGAGGGGACAGACUCGUACCAGGGACGCAUCAGUGUGCAGGCCCAGCCCGACUGGUUGCAGGUGAUGAUCGACUCGGAGGUGGAGAUCAGUUCGGAGCUCUUGUGGAGUUGUGUUGCUGCCGGUAAACCACGACCCUCCAUACGCUGGCUACGCAACGGACAGCCACUCAGCACACAGGACCGGGUAGAGGUGAACGGGGCUCGUCUGAAGAUCAGUAACCUGGCCCUGGAGGAUUCUGGGAUGUAUCAGUGUGUGGCUGAGAACAAACAUGGCACCAUCUACUCUACUGCUGAGCUCCGGGUUCAGGUUCAGGCUCCAGACUUCCGGUUGAAUCCAGUGAGGAGAUUGAUCCCAGCAGCCAGGGGGGGGCAGGUGAUGAUCGAGUGUCGCCCCCGAGCCGCCCCCAAACCCAGCCUUUUCUGGAGCCGGGGGACAGAGCUGCUGGUCAACAGCAGCCGAGUCACAGUGACUCCAGACGGCAUCUUGUGGAUCCACAACAUCAGCAGGGCAGACGAAGGGAAAUACACCUGCUUUGCUGAAAACUACCUGGGCAAAGCCAACAGCACUGGACACCUGUCUGUCAGAGAUGCCACUAAGAUCACGCUGGCUCCUGCCAACGCUGAUAUCAACCAGGGGGACAACGUGACGCUGCAGUGCCAUGCCUCCCACGACCCCACCAUGGACCUGACUUUCACCUGGGCCCUUAACGGGGUCCUGCUGGACCUGGAGGACAUGACCGCGCCCUACCGGCGGGUGGAGGGGAAGGAGAACAUAGGAGACCUGCUGAUAGUGAACACCCAGCUGAGUCAGGCAGGGAUGUACACGUGCACGGCUCAGACGGUGGUGGACAGCGCCUCAGCUGCAGCCAAACUGGUGGUGCGAGGCCCCCCAGGACCCCCUGGUGGUUUGCUGGUGAAGAACGUGGCGGAGGCGUCAGUGGAACUUAGGUGGAGCCGUGGCUACGAUAACCACAGUCCCAUAGGAAAAUACGUCCUAAUGGGCCGGUCCUCCCUGUCUUCAGAGUGGAAGAAGAUGAGGACAGACCCGGUGAACAUCGAGGGGAAUGCAGAGUCGGCUCGUGUGAUUGGUCUGAUGGCCUGGAUGGAUUAUGAGUUCAAGGUCGUUGCCAGCAACAUCCUGGGCAGCGGAGAGGCCAGCAUGCCCUCACACACGAUCCGCACCCAGCAGACAGCUCCCACAGUGGCCCCCAGUGGUCUUGGAGGAGGAGGAGGAGACCGCAGUGAACUCAUUGUUACCUGGACGCCCAUGGCCAGAGAGUACCAGAACGGGGACGGUUUUGGCUACAUCCUGGAAUUCAGGAGGAAAGACACAGCGGCUUGGAGGGCGGUGCGCGUUCCUCACGUGGAGUCCUCCCGAUACGUUUACUACAACGACAGCCUGAUGCCGUACACUCCCUUCGAGGUGAAAAUCAAGGCGUAUAACCGCAGAGGAGAGGGGCCCUUCAGCCAGAUCGCUGUGGUCAACUCUGCAGAGGAGGAGCCCACAGUGGGUCCAGCAAACAUCAACGCCUCGGCCCUGACCGCCUUUGAGAUCCUGGUCUCCUGGGAGCCCGUCCAGCAGCUCAGCGCCAACGGCAUCCUCCGAGGAUACGAGAUCCGGUACUGGCGGCAGCAUGAGCGUGAAGCGGCAGCAGACCGGGUGCGGACAGCAGGACUGGAGACAACAGCCCGGGUGCCCGGACUGAGACCCAGCACCCGGUACCACAUCGCUGUUCUGGCCUACAACAGCGCAGGCACAGGUCCAGCAUCGCCACGCACCACCGUCACCACCAGGAAACCACCUCCUAAUCGUCGCCCAGGCAACGUGUCAUGGAAGACUGACAUCUCGUCGGUAACGCUGAGGUGGGAUCAUGUGAAGGCCAUGCACAAUGAGUCCGCUGUGCUGGGCUACAAAGUUCUGUACAAACAUGAGGGCCAGACAUCCCUGAAGGUUCUGGACCAGAGCAAGACCUCCGUGAACCUGCCGCUGCCCAAAGACAAUGGCUACGUGGUGUUGGAGAUCCGGUCCUGGGGGGAGGGUGGGGACGGUCCUGCACACGAGAUCAUUGUAUCCCGGGACUCAGGAACUGGUAUGAUGGUGCAGAACGAGGCCCCCCCCACCCUGUCACGUCCCCCUCUCCACCUGCUCAGCAGCUUGGUUCUCCUUGCUCUCGUGUCGCUGUCCGGCCUGUGAUCUCAGCCAAUAAGGGACUGUUUGAUUUUAAUGGGCUGAAACUGAAGCUCAGUCUGUGUUUUGGUUGGGGGGUGGGGGGGUUUCUGGUAGAAUAGUAAAGUUUUAGUACUGCAGGGUUUGAAUGGGUGGGGGAGAAAGGAGGGGUUUCAGUAUUCAUUCUUUUAAAACAAAGAGGGUCUUUUUUUUUUUUUAAUAGCAGUGUGUGUGUAGACCGGGUUGUGGAGCAGGCGCUGUGUGAGGUUUUUUUGUGUUCCGGUGUCACUCAGACCAUGCCUUACCAUCACAUCUGGGGCUGACCCAUCUCUUACACGUGUCCUCCAAACUGUAGCUGGAGAGACACGGACAUUAGGUGUAAAUUAUUCAUUAUUAAGGGUUAUAACUUGUGUACAUACAGAACAGUCUGUGAGGCUGCUGCUCACACUGAGAGCCGCUCCACUGAGACAGCAGGGCAUCUGACAUAUGAAAAACAUUAUCACUGCUGGUUGAUGAUGUCCUACUGGUCCCUCAAUAAAUAAAUAAAAAUGCACAUUUGAAACUUUUUUCAGUCUUGGAUAAUCCCAUUGACAAUGACAGAAUCAUCAAAUUGGUUUGGCAAGCUUCUUGAUUAAAACUACUUGGCUAUACAAAUGUAAUGCCCCUACAUAUUAAACCAGGUGUGAUGUCAAAAGGCAAAAACCCUAAAAUUAAAGAUAGAUGCUCUCAAAAAGAAAUGAUUGAAUACUGCUGAAGGUUUAGCCUGAAGAUGAGCUCUAUAUCAGGUCAUAAUUAGUGGGAGUACCAUUUUAUUGACUGUGUUUACAACAUGAAUCUCAAAUGCAUCACUUUCAUAGCAAUACAACGAUUAUUUAAAUACUUAUAAAUCCAGGUUUGUGCAAAAGUUACAAUAGCAGUAACCAGAAAUAAUAGCUUCUUUUCUUUAAAGACAAUUAAACAGUAAAAUGAACAUAAAUACAUCUCAGGACACAAUUAGUAUCUAAACAUACUCAAUGAGAGACUGUACAUGAAUCACAGCUCGACAAGAUCACAAGAUUUUAAAUGUAAUGUCUAAACACAGCCCCCCCCCCCCUGGUUACGCAUUAAAACUUCUCAGCAGAACAUCGGUCUGUCAGCCCAUUAGGGGGGGCCUCUGAUAGUUAAAACGAGGCCCUGUUCCCCAUAGUCUGCCAGACAGCAGCUUAGCCUCCUGACUUCCUGCUGGGGUUGCCCACAGUGUGAACACAAACAGUCACUGAAGCACUGAAGAACUUUUUACUACUGAUUUCCAGCUCCUGCUAACGUCUGUAUGCUUCUCUGUGUUUUGUCUCGGCUGUAAUUUUAGCAAGCUGCAGAAAUGUCACCUGUCCAAAUGAAUGUUUACAUUUUCUAUUUUUUAUCUCUCACUUUGGGGGAAGUUAGUUGGGAUGGUUGAAGGGAGCUUUAAUUGUGUGUCUGAUUAUUUGUGCCUGCAUUGUUUGAAUGAUUCUGACGACAGUGUACCAUGCUCUGCAGCGUCUUUUGGGUUUAUUGCAGCGGCUUUUAUGCUGGAAGGAUCUGAAGCGCGCAGGGCAGCAAAGAGUUAGUCUCCAGAGUUAUCAGAGAGCAGUAAACAGUGUGAUAUAUAACCUUCUCAUUGUAAUCCUGUCAGCAUCUAUCAGCACUUAUGUAACACGUCUGGUUCACUUCAGUUUACAGGAAGGAUGUGACACACAGUUUGUGUCUGUACAAACCUUCAGGUCUUUUCAGCAUGUCAAAGACCAGGUUUAACCAUUUCUGUUGCCUUAAUGUUUUGGUUGAUUUGCUCAGAACCGUUUCCUGUCAACAGUUUGAUGGUCACAGCUUUAGAGUGUCAUCAACUGGAAUAUACGGUUCAGGUUUUCUGUACUUUCCAAAAACACAGCUCAAUCUUUAAAUUAUUUAGGACUUUAUGUUUGAUAAUAACCAUAUGUUCAGUAGCUCAGUGCACCUUAAAUCUUUUACGAAGAACAACAUGAAUAAUCUGCACUGAAACGUUGACUUUAUUUUAAUGUAUUAUGUCAACAGAUUUCAGAUAACUGUAUUAGGUUAAUUGAAAGCAAUAAUAUGAAGUUUAAAUAAAAAUAUUAGGUUCAACAUAAUAUUAUUGCUUUCAACUAAACUUUUUUUAAAUCAGCCCUAUGGUUCCCUUACUCACCUUUAGCUGCGUCCUGUAGUUUUCCAGUCUCCAUUAUCUCAAACUACAUUCCUUUAAACCGAGGUGUUGAAAGGUCUGGAAAAAGUCGGUCAGGGUUCCAGGUUGUAACCCUAACAUAGUGUACAUACCCUCAAGCUUGGCUGUUCUUCAGACACUCUUUAUUUAAAUACCAAAAUCAUUGUAAGAACCUGCGCUGAUUCUGAAUUAGAAGGUUCUCUUUGACACAUUAAAUCUGGAUGGGAAAUGAAAUGUCCUUUAUGUUACCUCAGUAUUACAUGUUAUGCUUUGCAGGUGGUAAAGGCUGCUGGCAAGACGGCUUGAUUGAUGAGCUUUAUUUUGUCAGGAAAUGUUUUACACAUGUUUUUUACUUUUGCUCUUACCAGAUCAUUUAAUUUAUAUUAGUUUAGAUACAGGACACUCUGAACCCUGGGAAGCAAAAUAUCACAAAUGUCCAAACCGCCCUAAAGUUUCACUUUGUAGACUUAACUGUAGACACUUAUUAUUAUUAUUAUUAUUAUUAUUAUUAUUAUUAUUAUUAUUAUUAUUAUUAUUAUUGCAGAACUCGGGUUUGAAUCUGGAUCAGACCCAUUCACUAGUGUGUUGAUAUUUGGUGCACCUUUGGGCUUCUGCUUAUUGGUCAUCCUCCAAAAACAUGGGUCUAAUCCUGGAUUUGAACCACCAUCUGUCUGCCACUGAUGCUGUGUCUCACAGCUGAUCCUCUCUGCACCUGCAGCUGGAAAUGCUCUGAGAGUGCUGAUGUCCUGUUUUUUUUUUUUGUUUACCUCUGUACAAAGUGUUUUCUCACCAUGCCUUUAGUGUUCAGUGAAGAGCCAUAGAGUCGUUCACCAUGUCCGGGUGCCGCUCUCUGAAUGUUGGACUGCCGGUGGUUACAGCCAGCCUACUCGGCCCGGCUGAAUGCUCUGGAUAUUGUUGCCUUUGGCCUUUUCAAAUAAUGUGAUUGAUUGAAAAUG